UGUGUUUUGGACCAUCUUCUUAUUUCAUGGCCAAAGUACAAUAGCCUUAUAUAGUUUGAGCAUUUUGGCUUCUAAGGAGAGUUAAAGCGGUCUCGAAGUGGAUUGUUUCCGCAGUGGCCCUAUUUGUCGCCUCAGCCAUGCCGCUCUGGGGGUCUGGCCCUCCUCUUCUCCCUCGGCUGAGGUGCCUCUUCCCUGCCACCCUUCUCCUCCUCCUCAGCCUUGGGGGGCUCCUACUUUUGCUCCAGGAGGAGCCCCCUUCUUCUUCGCCUGACACCUCUGAAAAGGAGCUGGAGAAGGAGCCCCUUCGAGAAGGUUCCCUGCUUGGCCCCAUGUGCUCCUCUUUGGCCCAAGGCGGGAAAGCCUUCGUGUGGCAGCAACGCCUGAAGACCACGUGGGGCUCUUCCCCAUCAUGCGAGGCCUACAUCUCCAAGAGCCACUACCUGACAAAGCCCCUGUCAUCAGAGGAGGAGGCCUUCCCCUUGGCCUACAUCCUGACCCUCCACAAGGACUUUGCCACCUUCGAGCGCCUCUUCCGGGCCCUCUACCUGCCCCACAACCUCUACUGCCUCCAUGUCGACCCCAAGUCACCGCCGGCCUUCCAGAGAGCCGUUGAGCGGCUGGCCAGCUGCUUCCCCAACGCCUUCCUGGCCUCCCGGGCCGAACCCGUCGUCUACGCGGGAAUCUCCCGCCUCCAGGCCGACCUCCACUGCCUCAGGGACCUGCUGGCCUCGCCAGUGCCUUGGAGAUAUGUCCUCAAUGGCUGCGGACAGGACUUCCCACUCCGCACCAACCUCGAGGUCAUCCGGCAUCUGAAAGGCUUCCGAGGGAGGAACAUCACCCCCGGCGUCCCCAUGCCCGCCCGCUAUGCAUCCCGCACCACAUUCGUCUACCGGCAGCACAUGGGCCCCCAAGCCUCCUUCAUGAAGCGCACCUCCCAGGCCAAGCCCCCGCCGCCCCACAACCUCAGCCUCUACUUUGGCUCGGCCUACAUCGCCCUCACCAGGCCCUUCGUGGAGUUCCUCUUCCAUGACAAGAGGGCCCUGGACUUGCUGGACUGGUCCAAGGACACCUACAGCCCCGACGAACACUUCUGGGUGACCCUCAACAGGAUCCCAGGUGUCCCUGGCUCCAUGCCAAAUGCUACAUGGGAAGGUGGUCUAAGAGCGAUCAAAUGGAGUGAUGCAGAAGCAAAUCAUGGAGGGUGUCAUGGUCAUUAUGUCAGGAGCAUUUGUAUCUUUGGAACUGGUGACCUGAAGUGGCUGCUGAACAGCAAAAAUCUUUUUGCUAACAAAUUUGAACUUGGAACGUAUCCACCUACUGUGGAGUGCCUGGAACUUAGUCUCCGGGAGAGAGCCUUGAACCAGAGUGAGGUACCAGUGGAACCAAGCUGGUAUCUUUAGCAAGAAUUUUAAAAAAUGAACAGAAACAAUAAUACAGAUCCAGUGUUCUAGAAGAACCAUUUUACCUUGAUGUCAUACAUCUUUUGGAUGUCCUAUACGGGUAAUUUUGCUAAUGUCUUGAAAAAUGCUGCAUCGCUCCUGAAAUAAGUCAGGUCAAUCUGUGUACUGGUUGGGGUUUUGAUAAUAUUUUUAAAAACUGCAUCCCAUUUUGGGACAGGAUGAUCAGGUAUUUUUUUUUUAUCAAUACUUUGGAAAUCAGUUCUGAUGAACAGAUUGAAAUUCAGUGGAUUUGGAUUUCCAACUGAUAGAAGGUAGACCUUGAACUUUGUUAUCAUCAUUUCUUGCCACUUGAUAGUUCAGAUCAGUGAAUUCAAAUGGAGUGCACCUUGUUGAAAGACUUCUUGAUGGGACUUCAUCUUUGAAAUCAAGUACCUAUUUAGACAAUUUCUGUCAGCUUCUGUUGGAUGUCAAAGGAUUGUACUUGAUCCAGAGUUGGCCGAGGCCCACAUUUCAGGAACAUGACUACAGAGGUUCAUCCAUUCUCUGCACUGAAAGGAGAAAGCGUAGCAUAUGCUAACAGAGAUCUGUCUCCCAUCUUUAACGAUGAACCUCUCAUGUGCCUCUUUAGAAGAGCAAAGUGGAAAUGGCAAGAGGGGAGGGGACAAGAUGCUCUGCUGAAUUUGUUGCGUUUGGCUUAGGUGCUAAUGAUCCUGAAAAUGAUGAAGGGAAGAAUCAAAGAAACAGAACUAAUAAGUUUAUGAGACCCCACACUGUUACAGUCAAGAGAUUACUAGUUUUUUAAAAGUGGAGGCACUGCCUAAACCAUCCUUCUCCAGAUGGGUCAAAUUAUAGUUCCUAUCUUCCUGAGACAGUGAAUUGUAAUCCAACCCAUCUUGAAUGGUCUAAUGUUGGAGAAGGCUGGCAUGAGCAGCCUUACAUACUGUCUGAUAAAAAAUUAAGAGGCAAGUUCUUUCUAGUGAUCUAUGGGAAAAUGUAAGCAAUCUCCAUUUGUAUAUCAUGUAGGUAAGACUGAAAAAUUGAUAGCAACAUAUGUUAAAAAUACAGGGGUGGGGGAAAAUAAUACAAAACCCAAUUCCUUCAAAUUUUAUAAUUAGUUUUAAGGACUUACUUUACAAACAUUAUUGUUACUGAAUUAAAUUAAUGUUUAAAUUAAAUCAAUAAUAAAACCACUAAUGAAGC